GUGUGGGGGUGGGGGGGGGGGUUAUGGGAGUGAAGUGUCCAGGACCUAAGUGGGUGUCAUCUGUGUCACAUGACUCUGGGUGCCCUACCCUCACCUCCCCAUGCAGAGCGGAGGCAGGCCUUAUCCAAUCAUUUCUGGAAUGCUGCUUGUCACUCUGGCUAUUUCUGAUGUCUGUCGCUAUCGGUCGGCAGUCCUAACAGUUUGGCAGAUGGGAGUCUUUUUAUUUUUCCCUUCUCUUUCUGGCUCUCUCUAGCACUCUCUCCCCCUCUCUCUCCCUUCCUCUAAUGCUGCCCCUCCUCUCGCUCACUCUCUCUCUCUCUCUCUCUCUUUCUUUCUGGAAUUAGAACUCUGAAGUUUUGGCUCACUGUGGCAGUGCCUCUCUCUUGUUACUGUGGUGAGAGCUGCUGCUGCUGCCGCCGCUGCUCUCUUUCUUGGGUCUUUUCAGUGAGAGAAGGUGGGUGGAAAAUUUUCAAGAGUGAAGCAUAGACACAGAAAGAGGUUUAGGAAGGAGGGGACACAAAUUUGCCAACGGGGAGUAGUUUAGCCAAAGGCAGCCCAACGCUGGCCCAGACGGCAGAAGGACGAGAGAAUGUCCCAUCGGCUGCGGCUGUACUUUGGUGCCGGCCGCAGUAACACAGCCCCCGAGCUGCAGGAGCCUGACGACGAGCACAUUGGGGACGGGAGCCAUGGUGGAGCCAUGUCAUUCCAGAUGCGACCGGGUCAGGGUAGGGUGCUCUAUGAGGCACAGCCAGCCACAGACGCCUCACUCAAGCGGAGCUCCUCCAUGUUCAUCCCACAGCUGCAAAGUUCUCCUGAGUCACGGCCCACUAAGAGCUCCUCGAUGCAGAUAUCCCUCCAGCGUUCUAACAUAUUUGCGGAUGAUGCACUUUACCAGGACUCCCCUCCAGGAUACCCAGAUGAACCUGCCCCAGCCUACACAGAGCCUAGUCCUGGCUGGAAUGCUCCACCUGAAUACUCGCGUAGGGCGAGUGCAGAGCACACCCACGCCAAUACCGAGCCUGCACUUCCAAAGAGGAGAGUGUUUUGUGUGAGGCCUGGCGAUCUUCAGGAUGGAUACACUGUAUCUUCCGGAGCCUCUCCUGGGAUUAGUAUCGGAGGUUUCUGCAUCAAGAGGAACUCGCCAGAUGGAUCAGAAGUCCAACAAUUAAGGAUCCUGCCCUAUGGAUCAGACAGUCAGGCUGGCCCAUGCUCCUGGUCUGUCCAGCAGAACUUGGAUGGUGCCCCAGGGCCUCAGAGGCUUGUUUUCCAGCUUCAGCAGGACCAACCGAGACAGCCAGAAGUCCAGAAGGAAGCUUUUAACUUUGGUUUUGUUGGAUCUAAAGGAGGUCGUGUUGUACGGUACCCCAGGAUCCGCCUGGAAAGGAGCGCCUCUCAGCCACUUAAAUCCCAUUCUGUCCCUCGACGAAGUGGGUCUACUCCAGACCUUUUGGGGACCACCUCACAGAUGGACACCCAGAGUGAGGAUGGAGCUCAAAGCUGCACAUUUAAAAUUCAAAAUGAGCAGAAACUCAGACAACCCCAGUUUAAAAUAUACUUCAGCCAGGGUACAGAUCAAGGUACCAUGUCAGCACAGGAUGCAAGUUUGAGAAAUGGACCUGUCAGGACAAAACUUCAGGCACACUUUGGUCUCGGUCGCUCCAAGAAUGGGCAUGUCAACCCUGGACAGACCAGAGAUGACUUUCUUGGACAAGUUGAUGUGCCUCUUAAUCAUUUACCGACAGAGGACCCGACAAUGGAGCGGCCAUACACGUUUAAAGACUUCCUUUUGCGUCCUCGAAGGUCAGUGCUUAUUCACAAAUCCCGGGUGAAAGGGUACCUACGUCUGAAGAUGGCCUAUCUGCCAAAAAAUGGAGGGCAGGAAGAAGAAAACAAUGAAAUGAGAGAAGAGGCAGAGGGUUGGGAAGACUCGACUGACCCAGGCUCCCAGCGUCCCCAACAGGUUCUGCCCCCACUACCCCCUGGAUGGGAAGAGAAGGUCGACAACUUGGGCCGUACCUACUAUGUCAACCAUAACAACCGCACUACGCAAUGGAAGAGGCCAACUCUUGUGGAUGUGGUGUCAGAGACCGAGAAUGACAACCAGUUGCGGCAGAUCAACCAAGAAGCCCAUCGAGUGUUCCGCUCACGCAGACACAUCAGUGAGGAUCUGGAGAACGAGCACCUAGAGCCCAGAGAGGCGGACGAUCAGACAUGGGAAACAAUCACAGAGGAGCCUGUUGACUCUCUUAACCAGUCUCAGCCAGGCCCGUCCUUGGCCACGCCUGGUGGGCCGGAGUUCUCUGAGGAGAUCAGCCUCCGCCUGUCACUCACCCCGGACUCUAACGGGGAAAUGCCAGGGCCCAGCUCUGCUGUGAGCCAUCUCUCCUCCAGACUACGUUCCUCCAGUAUGACUGAUGGGGUUAGCGAGCAGGCCCAGCCCCCCCCUCCAACGCAGAGUUCCCAGGCCAGGCGAGGCAGAGCUCAAACUGUCACAGGCGUUGAAGAGCCCAUGUCUCCAUCAGCGGCUUAUGCGCUGACCACCCCAGGCCUGCCCCCUGGCUGGGAGGAGCGGAAGGACGCCAAGGGACGCACCUACUACGUCAACCACAACAGCCGCACCACCACCUGGACCCGGCCAAUUGUGCAGCACACAGAAGACGGCACCAGCGGUUCGGCUGGAGCAGUGGCCAGCGGGGGGGCCACCCCAGGCACACCGGCCACCCCAGCCACGCCAGCAGGCGGGGCCAGUGGCGGCCACCUAAGCGAGCCCCAGUUGCGCCGGCCCAGGAGCCUCAGCUCCCCCACAGUGACCCUCUCCACCCCGCUGGAGGGGGCCAAUAACAUCCAGGCACGGCGAGCUGUGAAAGACACUGUCUCAAAUCCCCAGUCACCCCAGGCGUCCCCCUUCAGCUCACCCAAGUCUCAGCACAAGACUCCCCAGAGUUUCCUACCACCAGGCUGGGAGAUGCGGAUAGCUCCCAAUGGACGGCCAUUCUUCAUUGAUCACAACAGCAGGAACACCACCUGGGAGGAUCCACGCCUGAAAUACCCUAUCCACAUGAGGACAAAAGCAUCUCUGGACCCUGGUGACCUGGGCCCGCUUCCAAAUCUUCCAGAGGAGCCUGGAUGGGAGGAGCGAAUCCAUGCUGAUGGAAGAACCUUCUACAUUGACCACAACACCAGAAAUACGCAGUGGGAGGACCCUCGGCUCCAGAGUCCCGCCAUCACAGGCCCUGCCGUGCCAUACUCGAGGGAGUUCAAACAGAAAUAUGACUACUUCAGGAAGAAGUUAAAGAAGCCGGCGGAUAUCCCUAACCGCUUUGAGAUGAAGUUGCACAGAAACAACAUCUUUGAGGAGUCGUAUCGGCGCAUCAUGUCACUGAAGCGGCCGGACAUCCUGAAGGCGCGUCUUUGGAUCGAGUUUGAGUCUGAAAAGGGUCUGGACUAUGGUGGUGUGGCCCGUGAGUGGUUCUUCCUGCUCUCUAAGGAGAUGUUCAACCCCUACUACGGCCUCUUUGAGUAUUCCGCCACGGAUAACUACACCCUGCAGAUCAACCCCAACUCAGGUCUGUGUAACGAAGACCACCUGUCAUACUUUAAGUUCAUUGGACGUGUGGCAGGCAUGGCUGUGUACCACGGGAAGCUUUUAGACGGCUUCUUCAUCCGACCAUUUUAUAAGAUGAUGCUGGGAAAACAGAUUACACUGAAGGAUAUGGAGUCUGUGGAUAGUGAAUACUACAACUCCCUCAAAUGGAUCCUUGAGAAUGAUCCAACUGAACUGGACUUGCGGUUUUGCAUUGAUGAAGACAACUUUGGCCAGACAUAUCAGGUUGACCUGAAACCCAGUGGCUCAGAUAUGGUUGUCACAAAUGACAACAAAAAGGAGUACAUUGAUCUUGUCAUCCAGUGGAGAUUUGUGAACCGGGUGCAGAAGCAGAUGAACGCCUUUCUGGAGGGUUUCACUGAACUCAUUAUUAUCGACCUUAUCAAGAUUUUUGAUGAGAAUGAGCUGGAGCUUCUGAUGUGCGGUCUGGGUGAUGUGGAUGUGAAUGACUGGAGGCAGCACACUGUCUACAAGAAUGGCUACUGCCCCAACCAUCCUGUCAUCCAGUGGUUCUGGAAGGCUGUGCUUCUGAUGGAUGCGGAGAAGAGGAUCCGUCUGCUACAGUUUGUCACUGGAACGUCCAGAGUGCCAAUGAACGGCUUUGCUGAGCUCUAUGGUUCAAAUGGGCCACAGCUCUUCACCAUAGAGCAGUGGGGGACGCCUGAUAAGCUGCCACGAGCUCACACCUGCUUCAAUCGACUGGACCUGCCUGCCUACGACACAUUUGAAGACUUGAGAGAGAAGCUGCUCAUGGCAGUAGAGAAUGCCCAAGGAUUUGAGGGGGUGGACUAAAAAGAGAUCACAACUGCCUGCCACUACAACUACAGACAACACACACACACACACACACACACACACACACACACACACACACCAUGCUGCCAUUUUGCCGCUGAGCCAUAAUGGCCCGCAGGUGUAGCUGCGCAGACGUGCACGUUUAUGCAUGCAGGCGAGCUGCACCCCAACCCUGAGACUGCUCAUAGUCUAGCAGUCAAGCAAAAGAGCAGUGCCCUUUAUGCUGGAGUUGGUGUCUGUCUCUCUGUCUGCCUGCCUGCCUGCCCGUCUGUCUGUCUGGGCAGGCCAGAGUAGAGCGGUCAGGAGCCUAAGUCCCCUCUCCAUCUCGUUAAGACACGAGCCUCCGGUGCAUUUCUACUCUCCUCUUCUGCUGGAAAUGGGCAUGGCCCGAGUUUUUUGCAUUAUUUUAAUAAAAAAAGCAAAAAAAAAAUGAAAACACAAAGACAAACUUGCAACUAUGACUUAAGCAGGUCUCACUCUACCAUAUUACCUUAGCAACACUAGCCAAGCACUGAUGAUGACAUGACCCAUGAUCAGAGUCCACUCUCCUCCCCAACACGCCACGCUGUCCUGCCUCCUGGCUUUUUAAAUCUCCCUUUUGCAACGAAAGCUAUGAAGCAACAGGAUGGUCAUAAUCAUUUUUAUCGGAUUUUUAUCAUCCUUGUGGUUACUCGUAGGGAAUACUCAGAUGUGAUAUUUGUACCAAUAUGAUGUUUGCUCUUUUAGACAAUGUUUAUCUGUAGGCAUGAAUCAAGCCAACAGUGAAAAUCAUUGCAAGAAGGCCUCAAUUACAGAUUUAUCAUAGUGCUAUGAAACUGGCAUGAACAUGUUACUUGUGUUUGCUAUGAUUCCAUAGUAAUUGUUCUGUUUUUCUCCUGCUGGGAUGUACAAGAAGGGCUGUGGGGGAACCUAUAGGAAAUGUACAUUAGUGUGUGUUGGAGAAGGAGGGGAUGUCACAGCAGAUAUAUACAUAUUACUAUUAUUAUUAUUAUUAUUAUUAUUAUUAUUAUUACUAUUAUUAUGAAGAUUAUGCUUAUCCAUGUCCAUAAUGCUGUAAAUUAAUUUCUUAACAAUUCUUUCUCAUCUGUAUGUACUACAUUAGAUGGAAGUAUUAAUGAACACAUGAACGAUUGAAGCUGUGCAAGAUGUGAUGUUGAAAGCCGCAGGCUUUUUGUUUUUUUCUUUUUCACUCUCGACAUCUUUUUUUUCCCCCUUUCUUCUGACACACCACUAAACCAAAAGGGCACUUUAUAGAUCCCAUUCUUGAUCAUAUCGGCUGUCCUGCGUCUCUUAUUAACUUGAAUGAUUUUGUUUGUUUGUUGGUUUCUGCUCUUGAAAGCACUCAAUUACCUGGUGCAAUACCUAAUGUCUCUACAUCUGACUGCUGCUAACGUUUUAACACACAGUCAUGGCACCCAGACUUGGGCCCCUUCCACUUCUUUUCUAGAUUCUUCCUUCAGCCACUCACUAAACAUACAUGUGAUCUAGUAAAUUAAUGGUAUUAUUUACAUCUGUCCUCCUUUUCUUCUUCUUUCUGUCUCAUUUUUAAAUGGGGUUCUUUUUUUAUGAAUGGGGGAAUUAUCACUUUAGUUUAAUUCCACAUCACCACAAGAUCCUGCAUUUCAUAAUACUUGGAACAAAUUAAAGUGAGACAUUGAACUCUGUAA